AUGGAGUAUUUAAUUAAAUUAGGUAUUUGGGACCCAGCAUAUUGCUUUUUAAUAAAAUUGGGGGAAGAGUCUAGGGUUACAGCGGCGCCGCGCCUCCGCCCAUCCACCAUCGCACUGCCGUCCCCGACGAAUCCAAUUGUUUGCGGUUAGCCGAGUAGCGAGCAGGAAAGAUGGGAGAACGGAAAGUUUUGAACAAGUACUACCCGCCGGACUUCGAUCCGGCGAAAAUUCCGCGGCGGCGGCAGCCCAAGAACCAGCAGAUGAAGGUGCGGAUGAUGCUUCCGAUGAGCAUCCGUUGUGGCACCUGCGGGAAUUACAUUUACAAGGGAACCAAAUUCAAUUCCCGCAAAGAAGACGUCGUCGGAGAGACCUACUUGGGGAUCCAAAUUUUCAGGUUUUAUUUCAAGUGCACUAAAUGCUCGGCUGAAAUAACAUUCAAGACGGAUCCUCAGAACUCGGAUUACAUCGUUGAAUCCGGAGCGUCGAGGAACUUCGAGCCUUGGCGCGCAGAGGAUGAAGAAACGGAGGAAGAGAAAAAGAAGAGGAUUGCUGAAGAGAUGGGAGAUGCCAUGAAAUCUCUGGAGAAUAGAACAUUAGAUUCAAAGAGAGAGAUGGAUAUCCUUGCUGCUUUGGAUGAAAUGAAAUCGAUGAAGUCGCGGCAUGCAACUGUGAGUGUAGAUGCCAUGCUGGAAGCUCUGCAGCGCUCGAAUGAACAAAAGGAAAGGAAGCUGUUAGAAGAAGAAGAAGCUUACAUAAAAGCAGUGUUUCAGGGGCAAAAAAAGGCUCCUAUUGUUCGAAGGAUCGAUGAUGAAGAUAUAGACGAUGACGAUGACGAAGAUGAUGAAGAUUUGGAGUUUUUCCCUCUUGACGCUGUGGGAUCUUCAUCUCGCCCAUUGAAGAGGGCGAAGGUGCCUGAUGAAGAUCUGUCUAAACCAACAGAUAUUUUGACGAAGAACAGUGACACUGAGGGCUCGAAGAAUCAAGGUAAUGCUAGUGUUGAUGGGGCUUCUGAUAGUGGUAAACCUGUUAUGAAGACGCCGUCCAUCAAAUUCUCCAUCAUCAAGAAAUCCGCGCCACAAUCCUCAACUAUAGGCAUUGAGAAUGAACAGCAACAUGCUGAACCUGCCGCUGCUACCAGCAACGUAUUGCAAUCCUUAUUCCAACAGUAUGGAAGUGAUGAAGACGAGUAAUCACAAUUUAUACAAGAAAAGAAAAUGUAAUAUCUAUCUUUACUUUUCAUACAGAUUUUAUUGCUCUGUAUGAUUGUCAGAUUGAAGCGUAUUGAUAAAUUUAGUGAAAUAUUCUGAUUGUCA